AUCCAGUCAGGGUUGGAACCAUGGCGGUGACCAAGGAGCUCUUACAGAUGGACCUGUACGCGCUGCUAGGUAUCGAGGAGAAAGCAGCGGACAAAGAGGUGAAGAAGGCAUAUAGGCAGAAGGCCCUCUCCUGCCACCCAGACAAAAAUCCGGAUAAUCCCAGAGCAGCUGAGCUCUUCCACCAGCUUUCUCAGGCCUUGGAGGUACUGACCGAUGCUGCAGCCAGGGCUGCAUAUGACAAGGUCAGGAAAGCCAAGAAGCAGGCAGCAGAGAGGACCCAGAAACUUGAUGAAAGAAGGAAGAAAGUGAAGCUUGACCUGGAGGCCCGAGAGCGGCAGGCCCAGGCCCAUGGCAGUGAAGAGGAGGAGGAGAGCCGGAGCACCAGGACAUUGGAGCAGGAGAUUGAACGCCUUCGGGAAGAGGGUUCCCGGCAGCUGGAGGAACAGCAGAGGCUGAUCCAGGAGCAGAUACGCCAGGAACGGGAGCAGAGGUUGAGAGGAAAGGCAGAAAAUCCUGAAGGCAGAGGAACCCCCAAGCUAAAGCUAAAAUGGAAGUGCAAGAAAGAAGAUGAGUCAAAAGGUGGCUACUCCAGAGAUGUCCUCCUACAGCUUUUCCAGAAGUAUGGAGAGGUGCUCCACCUGGUGCUUUCCAGUAAGAAGGCUGGCACUGCCGUGGUGGAGUUUGCAACCAUCAAGGCUGCGGAACUGGCUGUCCAAAAUGAAGUGGGCCUGGUCGAUAACCCUCUGAAGAUUUCCUGGUUGGAGGGACAGCCCCAGGAUGUGGGGGGCCCCAGCCACCCAGGACUGUCACAGGGCUCAGUGCUGUCCGAGAGGGACUAUGAGAGCCUCGUCAUGAUGCGCAUGCGCCAGGCGGCUGAGCGUCAACAGCUGAUCACCCAGAUGCAGCGGGAGGAUGAGGUGGGGCAGCCCACGUAGCCUGCCUCCAGCCCACAGCCCACUCACCCA